AUGGCGGUCCCAUCUACGUAUGACGAAGUGACGGCCCAUCUACAACAAGUUCAGCGCGAUCCCUCCACACCUCUAGACCAGACUAUCCUUGACAAGCUCAAGCUGGAGCUUACAGAGAGUACGGACCGUAAAGUCCCCGCAGCAUUGUUGACACAAAUAUCGCAGCUCCUGCCCGUCCUCCAGGAAGACCCUACACCUGUCACUACCCUCGGUAUCAAGUCCGCUGCCUAUUUCAGUUUCUCCGACCUACUUGCCGUCGACCCUCCUAUCAACUUCAUCGCCGGCUUCCGUGCUCCAUCACCACCCAUAAACGAGCUAGCUUUGACUCUAUUGCGCAAAGCAGGGAACGUUCCAAGCGAUGCGGCAAUAGUUGCUGGUGACCCGGAGCUAGUGGCAUCCUUGGUGGAGCUUUGGCUUUCAACUUCUUCAACUGGUGUCGCUCAGGCUGCAUUUGAUGCUUUGUGGGCGCUUCUGGAGGUUGACCAGACGAGUACAUUGGAGAAUGGGGAACACGCUGGAGAUGCGUCUGGUGGGCAAGGCCUCAUGUGGAGAAGAGUUUUCACCGACAAGGAUGUUUAUGGACGCCUGUUCUCCUUUUGCAGUCUUACGGAUAAUGAUUCCAGCGCCCUGUCGGCCCGGGAAAAGACAGUUGCCCAGGGCAGGUUAAUGGGCUUCCUUGUGAAAGCAGGUCAACUACGUUGGGACUUCAUCUCGAGCUCGCAUAUCGCAGAGGUUGAGGCUAAGUACAGGAGCAAAAGCCUCCUGCAUUUCGCGUCCUGCGAAAUGGUUGAUAAGAGUGAUGUUUUGAUGCAUAUGACGCAGCUGAACUUCUUCCGUGAUUUACUAGAAAUCGAAGCUCCCAACCUGAUGUCUCGUACCGUUGUACAGUCAGCGUCUACAUUUUCUUCCCAGGCCCUCGACUUCCUCAUCUCAAACGGUAUCCACAGCACUUUGCUGGAGUACUAUGUGGAUGAAUCAAAAUUGGAUCCCGUGGACCUAAGUUUUCUUUGUGGUCCGGUCAUGGCUUAUGUCGCCCAAUAUGCUGAACUCUACCCCAACCACUUUCUGCAAAAUCCUCAAACCCUAUUGGAUCGCAUUCUUUCUCGGAUCGACGCAUCGUUCUUGAUAUCAUCCACCCAGUGGGCACACGGGCCUGCUCCAAGUGGCCAACUCAAUGUGCUUUCCUCUCUUCCACGCGUAUUACUGUUGGAGGCUACUAAGAAAGGCGUGAAUCCAGUCUUGGCUUUGCCAAUAAAUCCUCCAAACCAAGAGGUUUUCAACGCUCUAGGGAAAAUAUUUCAUGGACCUCCAAAGCACACUCGCUCUGACUCCAUGGACCUUACUACAUCCGGUCAAACGGCAACGGACUGGAACAAAGAAGCAGCGGCGGCCCGCGUGUUGUACUUUAUGUAUCAAAAUCACCGAUCAUCAUUAUGGGACGAUGUUGUUUCUGCAGCCGAUGUUUUGGCCAUGAUGGAUAUCUCGCUUGCGGCUCUGUCAUUUAUGCUAGCUGUUGUUACUGCCAAUUGGCAACUAUUAUCUGGGGAAGCUACCUCCUCUGUCCAUGGCACGCCCCGAUACCUACUUCCAACUGAGGAAGAGCUUGGACGCUUGUCGCCAGCAACGCAAGGAAGCCUUCCUCAGUCAGGUGCCUGGGUGGCCAUUUCUCCUCCCGCCCUCACCAUCCUGUUACCUUUUCUCUUUAAACCACCUCGUUCGUACUCCGAGUUUGUCGCUGGUGGAGCGGCCGACCCACAAAACGCUGUCUGGAAAGUUGCGACGGCGAGGUAUGAUGUCCUAGUCGCCUUGUAUAGGUCUUUGCAAAGUAUGGAGGACCGCGGACUGGAUAUUGAGGACAUCGUAUGCACGUUGAAGAAGAGGGUUGAUGACGGGCCCUUGGGCCCGGAGGUUCGGACCAUCACUCAGGUCGAUACUAUAGGCAUGUGA